UUUCACAUCUGUAGUAAAGUUGACCAAGAGGCCACUCCUUACUCAGCAAGAGGGGGGGAAAAAGCUAGAGCCGCGCACAUUUUCUUCUGCUUUUCAACUUUAAUGGUUAUUCUGCGUGGAAACGUGUGGACUCGACUGUUAAAAUCCACAUUUUAAGGCUCGGAUUUAUCUUUUGGGAAGCUUGGAUCCUCAAGAUGGGGAGUUUACUCUAAGCAAGGCUUGUUCGGCUGAUUUCGGUUUUACAUUGAUUUGGCUUGAGUGCUGCAUCUGAGCUUCAUAAUGGGUGGAAAAUGUCAGCGCUCGAAUCUCAAAACCUGACUGAAAACUCUCAUUCACAGGAUGAUGGCUUCGUAGCACCCCAGCUUCCUGUAAAUACUCCAAAGAAGUUAUCAGGUCAGUGUGCAGCGUCAGUGGAGAACCAGCCGACCAUGGGUCCCCUCACGACACCCACAAAGGGAAGGGAGGUCGGCUCUGUCGACCCCUGGACGCCAACUUCAAACCUCAAAAUGCUCAUCAGUGCUGCUAGUCCUGACAUCAGGAACCGAGAGAAGGAGCUGUGCAUGGACAACGAUGGGCGGGACGGUCUCGACCCUUCACAGGACACAGAAAAUGGAGAAGAGUCAGAGAAAAUGAUCAGCAGGAAAGAUAAAAGUCUGGGUUUGCUCUGUCAUAAGUUCCUCGCCCGCUACCCAGAUUACCCGAACCCUGCCCUCAACAACGACAUCUGCCUGGACGAUGUGGCCACAGAGCUCAACGUAGAGCGCCGGCGCAUCUACGACAUCAUGAACGUGCUGGAGAGUCUGCACAUGGUGAGCCGCUCCGCCAAGAACCGCUACACGUGGCACGGCCGGACCAAGCUGGCUCAGACUCUGGCCAUCCUGAAGCAGGUGGGCGAGGAGCACAAGUACGGCCAGCAGAUGCUGCACAUCCGGCAGCGCCUGCUGGACAAGGAGUUCGACUUCGACGGCGAGGAGAAGGAGAACGAGGAGGUGGUGGAGCUGGAGAGCGGGGAGCAGGGGCAGAAGGAGCUCUUCUUCGUGGAGCUCCCAGGAGUAGAGUUCAAAGCAGCUUCUGUUAACAGCCGGAAGGACAAAUCUCUGCGUGUAAUGAGCCAGAAGUUCGUCAUGCUCUUCCUGGUGUCUAACCCUCGUGUGGUGAGUCUGGACGUGGCUGCCAAGAUCCUGAUCGGAGAGGACCAGGGCGCCGAUCAGGACAAGAACAAGUUCAAGACCAAAGUGCGCCGGCUGUACGAUAUAGCCAACGUGCUGCGUAGCCUGAAGCUCAUCGAGAAAGUCCAUGUGACAGAAGAGAGAGGGAAGAAACCAGCUUUUGAAUGGGUCGGCCCGGAAGAAUUCCCACAAGUCAAAGACUUGGAGAACGCCACAUCUGAAAGCUCGUCCAAGAAGAAGAAAAGUGUCCUGGAGUCUCGUCCGACUGUAGACAACUGUGCCAAAAACCUUUUUUCAUCCCCCGGGAGGAAACGCGGCUUCACCCGGCACCCCUCCCUCAUAAAGCUCGCAAAGAGCAUUCAGGACGACCGCCGCAAGAUCAACUCCGCCCCCAGCAGCCCGGUGAAGAGCGUCCUCAGCGAUUCAUCAAACAUUGACAUCCCGAACAAAAUGGCCCAACUCGCUGCUAUUUGUAAGAUCGAGCUCGACCAGGAGUCGGGGUCCGGAGCUGAGAAUCCAAAGCCUGCUGCUGCUGUGAGGCUCGAGCCGACCUCCUCUGUGUCGAUGGAGUCGCUGCUCACUCCAACCCAGGAGAGCAGAGUCAACACUACUGUCCACCUCACCCCGCACACGCCCCUAGCAGCCCUGCCCGCCAGCUCCAUUGCCUACAUCCCCGCUCAAUGUUCGCCCCUCAUCCCCGUCCUGUUGCCUCAGCAGCGGGGCGGCGGGUCUUACGCCGUGUACCUGCAACCCUCGUCCUGCCCAAGGCCCAACCCUCUGGUCAGGCCGCAGCCCACCAGCCUCGCUGUGCGCUCUAUGACCUUUGAGGAGAAGACGGGGCAAAGCCCGACGGGCCAAUACGCAGCCACGGGCCUCCCGACGUUCAGGGCGGCAGACAUCAGCCCGCUGACGCUCAAACGGCUGCGGUCAGACUCAACCUUAGAGAGCAGCCCCUCCAAAGCCAAGAGGGCCGAAAACAUUAAGGACGCCUCUCCAAAGCUGUGUGAGAUCCUGCAGGCCCGUCUGAAAGCCCGUCGCGGCAAUCAGCUCUCAAGCCGGCCCUCACCUCGCGCCCUCCACCUGGACCCGGAGUUCGUCAACACCCCUGGCGGUGCUGCGGCAAGUCAGACACUGGAACAGAGCUUGGAGACCUUCCUGGACAAAGAGGACAAGAUGGCGAACUCAGACAGCGAGGCGGGAUUAACGCCAGUCAGAGUCGUACCGCUCACGCCGGGACAGCUCCACGGCGAGACUUUAGUACCAGCAGGAUACCUGAUCCCGAUCUCCCAGCAGGCCCUCGUCAGUGACAAGGAGAGUCAAGGUUCAGGGAGAGAAAACAACAAAGCCUCAACUCCCACUUACAUCUACCAGACGCCAACUGCAGGCUCCAGACCUGCCCUCGCCCAGGAGAUUACACCCACCAGCCUUCGUCUUCACAGACCUGCCGCCGCCUCCUCACCUCACACCGCCGCCGAUCAGGCCCACCGCCUCCACAGCCCGAGUCCGGCCAUCCUCAACUUCACCCUGCAGAACCUGGGUCUCAUCUCAGGCUCCGGCCCAGGGAACGCCUUCGCCUCCCCGCAGACUCCCGAUGGGGCCAACACCCUGCCCAGCCCGCUGGCUCUGCAGCAGAGAGGGAUGGUCUUCAUCAAACCUGUGUCCCCGGUGCCCGUCCAACAGUCUUUGGCAGGGCAGCCAAUGGCCCUGUUCAGUGUACAACAGCCUCUGAUGACGACCCCUAAAGGGACGGCGCUCCCUCAGCACAGCUUCUUCCACACCCCGGUCCCCGUCUCCCCUCUGGCUGCCAUGGUUACCACCGGUGGACACCUGACCACCAAAACUGUUUACAUCCCUCAGAGGAAGCUGGACGUGGUUACAGACGAGUCCUGAACCCCCUAAAGGGAAACCCCCUGAUGACUGUGUACAUAAUGUGUGUGUUUGGGUGUUUGUGUCAUGGGUGGGUGACUUUUUAUUUUCUGUCUGGUUAGCAUCUUACAGUAUUCAGUUCAUCCCCUCAGAACAUUUCACAGCCACUCAUUGUCUUCAUUCUCACAGCAGAAACUCAUGAACACUAUUUUAAUACUCGUUAUCAUAAUGGUAGGAACCAGGUCUAAAUUGGCAUAAUUUAAUAGAGAUUUAAUUUUUUCGUUGAUUUUUUUUGUUUCUUUAAAUUACCAAGAGUAGUAAAAAGAAUCAGUGGUAUAAAGAGGGAACGGUCAGGUAUUUUUGACUGAAAGAAGAGUUUGAUUGGAAUUGUUGCUGAUUGAUCAUUUUGUCUGACUUUUGCACAUAUGUACAUGUAAAAUGUUACCCUGUUUCAAAAAGGUGUUAAGAAAAUGUGAAUAUUUGUGACUAAGACUAAUCAGACAAGUUUAAUUUAUAAGGAAAUGACCUUUUGUUUUUGAUUUCAUAUUAAAUGUAAAGUGCUAUUGAAUUUAAAUACAUUUUUCUAUGAACAUCA